AUGUUCAAAAAGGAAUCAUCUCAACGGCCCACUGUGCCACGUUCUAAAAAACGACGCUUACAAGGUGCCUGCGACACUUGUAGGCAAAGGAAAAGCGACAGCGCAAAUAUGCCGGGAAAUAAAUGCUCUAACUGUAUAGCUUUCGGUUCGGAAUGUACGCAUAUCGCUGCGACGGCUAAAGGUCGAAUGGGCCCUGUCGCAUAUGACCAACACGAAACUGUUAAGAAUGACCUUCAAGUCCACAUCAAUGCGAUCCUCUCGGACACUACACCUUAUCUUGUUCCCAAUGACCACACUCUCGUUCGUGCGAUCCUAGUCGACCUCGCGUGCUACGUACGGCAGCUUGAAUCCGAUCUCGCUGUAGCCAAGAGCCUUACUUCAUUACCUUCAGCCACUCCACAAACAACCCAGACAGCUGAAAGUCCUUCUGACGAUGACGAAGUCGAUGACUCUAGUUUUGUUGACGCGCUUAGCCGCUUUACCAUCAGUACAAGCGAUGUUCGACAUUUCGGUAGAUCAAGUGGUAUGAUGCUCAUAAAGAGCGCCAUAGAGAUGAAGAAUGCUUACAGUAACUCCCCACCGGUCACUUCAUAUCUUGAUCUUCGCCGACCCCGCUUCUGGACGGUUUACCCAUGGCAACGUCCAACUUCAGAAAACUUGCCUCCUCUCAGAUUUCCCCCUCCAGACCUUUUAGAUCAUCUCGUCUCCCUUUUCCUCACCACGACGAACGCACAUUUCUUCAUUCUACAUGGUCCUACGUUCCGUCGCGAGAUUGCAGCAGGAACGCAUCUUUCAUCCCGUAAUUUUGGUAGCCUCGUUCUUGGGGUAUGCGCAGUUGCCUCACGACACUCGGAUGAUCCUCGUGUCGGACCACUGGCUCAAGCUGGAUGGGAGUGGUAUAUUCAAUUGCGGUCUAUACACCUGUCGAGGUUCUCUACUCCCGCAACAUUAUGGGAGCUGCAAUUGUAUCCUUUGAUGGUCUUGUUCCUGUACGGAACAACGACGCCUGAAGCAAGCUUUGUUCUCAUCGGAGCAGGCGUACGGUUAGCUCAGGACGUCGGGGCGCAUAGGAAGCGUGUUAAGCCUUUGGAAGAGUGGACGAUUGAAGAUGAGCUAUGGAAAAGAAUCUUCUGGGCUCUGGUUAUCACAGAUGUCUUCGUUAGUUCAUUUGUUGGGAAACCAAGGGCAACGACUUCGGAGCACUUCGACCUGGAACUUCCCUUGGAAGUGGAUGAAGACUACUGGCCAGGGGAAGUCCUAGCCGACCGGGAACAUCCAUGGACCCAGCCUUCUCACAAACCUGCAGACGUGAAAGCAUGGAUUCUCCAUAUCAAACUCCUGGAUAUCCUUAGCUUUGCACAGAUAACCAUCUACACUGUGAAGCGUUCCGUAUACUGGGACGCGAUAUCUACUCCCGAAUGGCACCAGAAUAUUGCUGUCGAACUCGACUCAGCCCUCAACAAAUGGAUAGAUUCUAUUCCUGAUUAUUUGCGUUGGGAUCCACUCAAGUCCAAUCAAUAUCACUUUGACCAAUCUGCGCUCCUCUACUCUACGUAUUACUGGGUUCAGAUGCAGGUUCAUCGGAGGUUCUUGCCGAGUCCCAAUGUCAACAAAAGCCCGGAAAAGCUAAACAGCGGAUUCCCUUCUCUUUCUAUCUGUGCCAACGCUGCAAGGUCAUGCAGCCACAUCGUUGAUAUCCAUGCAAAGACUAGAACGCUUGCGGUUCCAAAUCUACUGGUGGCGGUAUUUCAUUCGGCUCUGGUGCUCCUUCUGAAUCUCUGGGGAGGGAAACGCUUAGGUCUAUCGACGAAUCCAAGCAGAGCAAUGGAAGACGUGUUCAAAUGUAUGAACGUCCUGCGUAAAUAUGAGGAUAGGUAUCUCGUCGCGGGGCGGUAUUAG